AUGUUUCAGAAUACUACCUCGGAAAUAAUAACUUUAUGGUUUGAGACUCUAUACCACCUUUUCAACCAACUACGUUAUGAUCUUCCUCUACCACAAUGUUUGCAAAUUUUAGGUUAUUUACGUAGGGCAAACACUGUUUAUAAAUCAACAGAGGAUGAACAUGGACAGUUCCCUAGCAGUAAAACUGGUAGUAACACAUCAAUAUCAGAUGGUUUACAUUUACACUUUUUAAAAGCUAGGAAUGCUUGGUUUGAAAAAGCAUUGGAUGAUGCUAAAAAUAAUGAAUCAUCAGAGAAAUAUUUACGGCGAAUAGUGGAGUUGCACAGAAUUCAUCUUUUUAAUGUAUUGACCCAACAUAAAUCAAUAUUCUUAUCAGACGCUCAAGAAUCAAAAGUCAAAGAUGAUGAAUUGAGUGGAACCAGUGCUUUAUCUUGUUGGUUAAAACAAAAGGUGGAAUUGUUGGCGCAAAUAUUAAAUCAAGAUUUGUUGCGGGAAGAUGAGUCAAGUUUCGAAUCACUAUUGAAUCAAUGCAUGUAUCUUUGCUUAUCAUUUGGAAGAGUCGGUGGAGAUAUGAGAUCAGUGUUGACACCAUUAUUCAGAAAUAUUAUGCUCACCCAACUGCACAGCGGCUUAGAAAAGGCUAACAGUCAUUUUGACAACCAGAUGAAAUCAUACAAAGUUUCUAGCAUUAAGAAUGUGCCAAGACCAGUCAAUGAAAAUAUGAUACAAGGACCACCAGAGAAUUUACUGGAUUAUUACCCUCUAGCAGAAUACUGUAAUGGGUUGCUCACAGUGCUAAAUUCUCUUAGAGUUACAGCCCCUUUAAAUAUAGUGAAAGAAGUAUAUAAUGCAUUUAGGAAAUCAUUUGAAAAAGCAGUACAAAUAUUAGUAGCAUUUUAUCACAAAGAGCAACAAGGUUUCGCGGAUAUCGAAAGACAAAAUUUUGUAUUGUUCUGUGUUAGUUUCUGCGAGGAUCUGAUACCUCAUAUUACGAAGUGUUUGUCACAAUCAUUCCCGUCCACACAAAUAGCAGAAUUAUUGGGAGUUACACUCACUGUUCUUCAGGAAAGUAAGAUUCUUUAUAUUGACCAAAUAUCUAUUUCUGAACCACUUAACGGUAUAAUAAAUCAUGUUAAUAAUUAG